AUCGACCCAGCCAUCUCCUCACCCUCGUUCACCACACAGUCCGCCACUCCUUUAGUAGCUUGUGAUUUGUACGUCGACGAGAUCACUGGUCGGGUGGCGGACGACGACACAUGGGGAAGGGUAGUGUGGGUGCAUCAUGGUGGGCGUUCCUCCUGCUCGCCGGCGUGCUGCUGGUCGUAGCAGCCACGGCCGGGGCGGAGGACGGAGUGGUCGAACGGGACCGCAAGGAGGACCUGCGGUGGUGCAAGCAGGCGUGCGAGUGGCAGUACGGAAAGGACACCCCGCGGAAGAGGGAAUGCGAGAGCGAGUGCCGCGAGCGGCACCAGCAAGCUGACGCGGGCGAGGACGGCGACAGCGGCGUGGACGCCUACGUCUCCCGCUCCGGGAGGGGCGAGUGCCGGCGCCAGUGCCUGCGCCGCCACGAGGGCCAGCCGUGGGAGACCCAGGAGUGCAUGAGGCGGUGCCGCCGCCGCGGACUGGCCGUCGACAUGGAGCAAGAGUACGGUCGCGGCAGCGAGAGCGCGGGCAAGUGCCGGGAGAGGUGCGAGCGCCACCACCGCGGGGACUGGUGGGAGAGGCAGCGCUGCCUGAUGGACUGCAAGAGCCGGGAGCGGGAGGAGGAGGGCGGCAGCGGCGGCCGGCGCGGCGAGGAGGAGGAGGACAGCGGCGACCGCUGCCCUUGCGAGAAGCAGUGCGAGGGCCACCACGACCGGGAAAGCAGGCAGCAGUGCGUCCAGGCUUGCGAGCGCCGGCGACAGCAGCGCGGCGGCAGCCGUGACUCCAACGUCGACGAGGACGACAGCGACCGGCGGUGCCAGAUGAAAUGCCGGCGCCACAGCGAUCGGCAGGCGAGGCAGUGGUGCGUGCAGCGCUGCGAGCGUAAGCAACAGGAGGAGGACGCCGCCGCCGACGACGACAACAGCGGCCGGUGCCAGAAGAGAUGCCAGCACCACAGCGAUCGGCAGGCGAGGCAGUGGUGCGUGCAGCGCUGCGAGCGUAAGCAACAGGAGGACGCCGCCGCCGACGACGACGAGAACAGCGACCGGUGCCAGAAAAGAUGCCAGCAGCACAGCGACUGGAUGAAAAGGCUGCGGUGCAUGCAACGGUGCGGGCGACAGGAGGAGGGCGGCGCACGCGACGACGCUGACGACGACGCCAGCCACGGCGACCGGUGCGAGAAGAAGUGCCAGCAGCACCACCGCGACUACGACAAGCAGCAGCAGUGCGUGCGCGACUGCCGCCGCGGCCGUGGCUGGGAAACGGUGGCCGGCGCCAUCCUUGAGGUGGUGUGACGAUCGACGACGUGCAUGGCGUGGCGCAGAGCUAAUAAUAAAAGGGUAGUGUACGCUUACCGCGUACGUACGUGUCACCGGGCGUGGCACUCUCCAGUCUCCAGGGACCCAUCCACCAAGUGCUACUGCUCCUUCGUAGGGAGACGUGGGAAUAAAGAGUGGUAGCUGCAUGCGCGUACGGCGGCCAUGGCUCUCCGAUGAGAGAGCUAGCUGUGUACGUGUGUUCGUGAUGUUGUUCCAUGCAUGACAUGUAUACGUCUUGCCUAAGUACGCUUGUACUAGUUGAGAGACUGUGUAAGUGAAAUGUGCUAUAAUAAUAAAUAAGUAAAGGGCGCCUUCUCCAA